AUGUCCGGCUCUGUAGCAGCAUACACACCUCGUUCUCCGGCCCUCCAGCUAUUUUCACUGAAAGGCAGGCAUGUGCUGCUUACUGGAGGAUCCCGAGGCAUCGGGGCUGCAAUAGCUAUUGGGUUGGCCGAAGCAGGAGCGCUCGUGUGCGUUGCCCAGCGCGACAUCAACAAUCCCAAAACAGUCGAUGUUAUCCGUGCCAAGGGUCUCGAAGCAAGAAUGAUAGCGUGUGAUCUUGCAAAUGCGAAUGCUGCAAGGCGUGUUUUUCAGGAAGCUUUGGAUAUCAUGGACGGGCGGAUCGAUAUUCUCGUUAAUUGUGGAGGUAUUUUGAGAAGAAAUGAUAGCCUUCUGGUUUCAGAGGAUGAAUGGGAUACGGUAAAGACAAUCCAGAUUGCAAAAUCUAGGACUGGCCUCAUCAUCAAUGCUCACAGUUUGCAGGUCCUAGACGUCAACUUGAAAUCACUGUUCUUCAUUUGUCAAGCAGCAGGACGACAUAUGGUUCCUCGAAAAUCAGGAAAGAUCAUUAACAUUGCCUCGAUCAACAGUUUUGUGGGCGGCGAGAAUCAUUCACCGUAUUCUGCGUCCAAAGGGGGCGUAUCGCAAUUAACGAAGGCCCUCAGUAACGAAUGGGCGAAGCAUAAUGUCCAAGUCAACGCUAUUGCGCCUGGAUAUGUGGCAACUGAUAUGAAUGUCGAAUUACGGUCGGAUGCUCAGAAAACAGCGGCUAUGAUAGUCGACUGCCCUGCGGGAAGAUGGGGUACACCGGAGGAUUAUGCGGGUCCUGCGGUAUUCCUCGCCAGCGAUGCUUCCCAAUACGUAUCGGGAGAAGUGCUUGUUGUGGACGGUGGUUAUCUAGGAAAAUAG